AAACAACACAAUCACAAUGUGAGUGGAAAUUGCCAGAUCGAAGUGAUCACGUUUGGUAUUAACAUAUAUGUUCAUCUAUUAAUCUGCUCAUGGUGUUUUAUCAGGCCAAAUGCACUGUAACACACGACGAAGAAUCGAAAGGAAAGACAACAACAGUGACGCCUGUGCCCGUCCUAUCGAACAGAUAAACAGAUAAACAGUGCCAGGUGAUCACAUGAAGCGCAUCACGUGACUACAGGUCAGGUCAGCUGGGGAAGAAACACGCUUCACUACGGUGACCCAGCAUCGACACUGACAUUAACCGGUUCCGGAUGAAGCUGUCGUCCGGCAUCUUUAAUCCAGAUCCCUGGCAGCUUCGGGCCCCCGACACAGGUGGGCGCCGGAGAAACGUGACAGCGAGAGGAGCGCGGCUCUCGUGAGGGUCAUCCAGACAUCAUCCGGUCCUCGACGGAAGCACAAAACAGACACAAACGGAACCGGUUCGAGAGGAAUUCAGCGUCCCAGUUUAAUCUCCCGCUUAGGCAAAAGCCCGUUCUCCACUCACACUCUCGCUCGGCAGAGAUCCAGAGGUGGAGAGCACAGCAGGGGGGAGCGAGGGGGGUGCUGCUGCAGGGAAACCGAUUUUUUCCUUCCUCUCUUACCGAGAAAAGACGUCAACAACAACAAUCAAACAACAAAAAAGAGGCAGAAAUUCCUCGCCUUCUGCACGUGCUCAGCUGCGCUUCCAGAUGGAGAGGACGCGGGGCGAGGGCGAUGGAGAGGGCGACCCCCUGGAGAGGCCGAGCCCUCUGACGGACAAGGAGAGGCUGAUGAUCCAGGACUCGUGGGCGAAGGUCUACCAGAGCUGCGAUGACGUCGGGGUGGCCAUACUAGUCAGGCUCUUCGUGAACUUCCCCUCGUCCAAGCGGUUCUUCAGCCAGUUCAAGGACCUGGAGGAGCCGGAGGAGCUGGAGGGCAGCGGCCAGCUGAGGAAGCACGCCCGCCGGGUCAUGAGCGCCCUCAACGCGCUGGUGGAGAGCCUGGGCAGCGCCGACAAGGUGGCCUCUGUGCUGAGGCUGGUGGGCAAGUCGCACGCGCUGCGGCACAAGGUGGAGCCUGUGUACUUCAAGAUCCUGAGUGGCGUGAUCCUGGAGGUCCUCGGAGAAGAGUUUUCCUCGUUGGUGACGCCGGAGGUGGGCGCGGCGUGGACCCGGUUCUUCGCCAUGGUGUACUGCAGCAUCGCGGCCGUCUACGAGGAGGUGGGCUGGACGACGCUGUCGCCCUCAGCCGAGUGAAGCUCCUGAGUCUGAGUGUGUUGUAGACUUGUAAUGUCUGUCCGAUGGCUCUGACCGAGACGGAUUCUUCAACCCGGGCCGACCUUUGACCUUUAUAUCUGGGUACCUAUUCGGGGAAUAACGUUUUAAUGUAUAACUUCAUCAUAGUGGGCUAUGGGAAUAUACUCUAUGUCGUAUGUGUGUGUGAGAUGGAGAGUGGCAGAAACUGCAUCAACUCAGCAGUGGACAAGAGGCCACGUUUUACUUGGAUGUGCCUUAUACCUUCUAAAAAAAACUAAAAAAACGUCUGUCAAUCAACACCGUUCUUUCUAAAUAUCACGUGAUGUUUCCCUUUAUCAGCCUGGGCACACCUGUGUUGGCUUUCUGGGAUAUUACGCAAACAUUUUUACAUUUUCUAAGAGGUAAUUGUGAUGGUUUUACAUUCUUUUCAUUUAUUACCUUUGUAUCUGUAUUUACCGCAACUUUGAAAUAAAAACACAAAGAAAAAUCUCA